CUUCGCGGCGAUUGCGGGACCCCUCACGAAUCUCCUGCGCAAGGAUCAGCCGUUGAUCUGGAUGCCGGAGUGCGAUCAAGCGUUUUCCAAACUCAAGGUUGCUCUCAUUUCGGCUCCGGUCCUUAUAAGACCGGAUCCCGAAAAACCUUUUGUUUUCAUCACCGACUGGCAUCCAGAGGCGAUUUCGGCGAUCCUCGCCCAGGUGGGACCAAGCGGAUUCGAGAAUGUGGUGGAAUAUGCGUCUAAAUCAGUACCCGCCUGCAAGCGCAACUACGCCGCUUCGACGGGAGAAUGCUAUGCGGCUCUCUGGGGAAUCAGUCACUUUCGUGCUUACCUGUAUGGGCGAAAGUUCACCUUGGUGACUGAUCAUGAGCCCCUGUUGGCUGUGAAGAAGUCGAAGGAUUACUCGGGCAUGAUUGGGCGAUGGGCAACGGUGUUGCAGAGCAUGGACUUUGACAUCCGUCAUCGGAAGCACGAGAGACACGGGAAUGCGGACGGACUGACACGACUGCACCGGCCUGAGAAAGUUCCGAGGAAUGAGGAGGUGAUUCCGUGGAACGAACCCGAACAGGAGAUUCGACCUCGAUACGGCCAAGUGGAGAUCUUAUCGAAGCAUGAAGUAAACGGGCACUAUCGAGUACCCCACGUGGAUCGAGAAUCCGGAGCUGCUGAUCAUACAGGGUUGGAGGACAAACGUGGAAGGAGAUUCCUCUUUGGAUCGGUACGACCGGGUCGCCGUCCGUUGAUUGCACAGGAGCUCAUCGCACCGAUCGUGCAAUUGGCGGACGAUCUCUCGCCCGACAUCUACUUUCAGAGCGACAACAGUCCUGCUCCGUACAUUUUCGAGCGAUCCUUGGAUCCGUACCUUCAGUGGACUUCGUGCUUGGAGGAACCUAGGGACGAGGAUACGCUACCAUUGAGGCAGGAGUAUCUGAAGCCGUACGAGAUCAUCCCUUACGCCUUCUACCCGAGGGCAGAAGAAGUGGUGAUUGACGACGACGACGAAGAAAACGACGACGACGAGAAGACAUCGGAGGAGGGAAGCUAUAGUGAACAUAGCGAGGGUGAGUUGAGCGAGGAGGAAGAGGAAGAAGAAGGAACCAGGUCCGAGUGGGAAGCCCCACCGAAGGAAGCGGCGGGAACGGAGGCGGAAGAUCCGGAAGCGCCGCGAAAGCGCGAAGAGAUUGCCUCCGAAAAGCGUCAGCUGGAGCUCGCUAGCAAGGCUAGCCUGCGCAUCGGUAGCGAUCCGACCAGGGAUCAAGAGCCGCCGAGGCCCGAAGAUGGCGACCCUGCAGCCGCCACCUUAAGUACCGCGCGACGGACACAGCGUCGAUCCCCCUCCUCCUCCAGCCCCACCCGUCCCCCAGUUCGCCCACGUACCAAUGCGCGUGAUAGGCCUUCGACCUCGGACGCUGCCCCGCCGACCCCUUGAUUUUCUCACCCUCGAGCAGAUCCGUACCCCCGUCACCUUCCCUUCCCAUCC